ACAUAGAUGCAAAACACACACACACACACAAACGCACACAUCUGUUUCUUGGUUUGUGAAGCAUCUUCAAUGUGUACCUACAUGUGCAUCUUAAAUCCUAAAGAUUCUCUCUAACAAAUGAUUAUUUUCUGAAAAUCAAGUAUGUGACUGAAGUUCAUUGAUUUAGGGUUUCCAGCACAUACUCUGACUUCUGGUUGACAGAGACACCACUGGGAAUGCCAAAAAGAUGUGCCUUCUUGAUUGCAGCUUUGUGGCUGAGAUUCAUAAGGUGAUACCCUUGCUAUUGAUUCCCCACUUAAUGCUUGACAAGAGGGGACUACAAGUUUGUAGCUCAUUUAUUAGCUAUUCCUUGAUGCACAAUAGGCACACAAGUUUUUGUAGAGUGCCUGUUCUGCUAAUACACGACCCGUGUGAAGACGGUUGAAACACCUUUAUGCUAUAUGUAUAUAGGUAUAGUUACAUACACUUCAUAAUAGUAAAUGAUAUAGAAUUUAAGUGAGCCGAGGAAGUUGUGGAAAAUUUCAUACUACUUUAAGGUCUCAUAUGGAGAGUAAGCCACAUGUCUUAAUGCAAAGAUAUGAGUUAGGAAGAUUACUUGGCCAGGGAACCUUUGGAAAGGUUUACUAUGCUAGGAGUACAAUAACUAACCAGAGUGUGGCUAUUAAAGUGAUUGACAAAGAUAAGGUUAUGAGAACUGGGCAAGCUGAACAAAUCAAGCGCGAAAUAUCUGUUAUGAGACUGGCCAGGCACCCCAAUAUUAUACAGCUUUUUGAGGUUUUGGCCAACAAGAGUAAGAUUUACUUUGUUAUAGAAUAUGCUAAAGGUGGCGAGCUCUUCAACAAGGUGGCCAAAGGAAAGCUCAAGGAAGAUGUGGCACACAAGUAUUUUAAGCAGCUAAUCAAUGCUGUAGAUUAUUGUCACAGUAGAGGCGUGUACCACCGAGACAUAAAGCCUGAGAACAUUCUAUUGGAUGAAAAUGGGAAUCUAAAGGUUUCUGACUUCGGUUUAAGUGCUCUCGUUGAUUCCAAGAGGCAGGAUGGCUUACUCCAUACACCUUGUGGCACACCUGCUUAUGUUGCUCCCGAAGUCAUCAAAAGGAAGGGAUAUGAUGGUACCAAAGCUGAUAUAUGGUCUUGUGGAAUUGUUUUGUUUGUCUUGUUGGCAGGUUAUCUCCCUUUUCACGACCCGAAUUUGAUAGAGAUGUAUAGGAAGAUAAGCAAAGCAGAAUUAAAAUGUCCUAAUUGGUUCCCACCAGAAGUAUGUGAGCUAUUGGGCAUGAUGUUGAAUCCAAAUCCUGAAACUAGGAUUCCGAUAUCUACUAUUAGAGAAAAUAGUUGGUUUAAGAAAGGACAAAAUAUAAAAAACAAAAGACCUGUAGUGGAAAACAACACUGUCUCUUCUUCAAGUACUGUUCUUCUUGAUCAAAAUGAUUGUGAUGGUCUAGCAGCAGAAGCAAAUGGGGAGUCAGUUGUGCCCUUAAGUAUAAACGCCUUUGAUAUUAUCUCCCGUUCUGUUGGUUUUGAUCUUUCUAGAUUCUUUGAUGAAAGUUUUAAGAAAAAGGAAGCAAGAUUUAGUUCAAGGUUACCUGCAAAUGUCAUCAUCUCCAAGCUGGAAGACAUUGCUAACCAACUGAGGAUGAAAAUAAAGAAAAAAGCUGCGGGUUUGUUGAAAUUAGAGAGCCUCAAUGAAGGUAGGAAGGGAGUUUUAUCCAUUGAUGCAGAGAUCUUUGAGGUUACACCUUGUUUCCAUAUGGUGGAGGUGAAAAAAUCAAAUGGAGAUACAUUGGAAUAUCAAAAGAUAUUGAAAGAGGAUAUUAGGCCUGCUCUUCAGGAUAUUGUUUGGAUCUGGCAAAGUGACCAACAACUGCAAUCACAACAGUCAGAGCAACAGCAACAGACAGAUGACCAGCAGCAACAACAACCACAGUCAUAACCUGUUCUCGGUUUUGAGAUGUCAUGCUUACUGCAUUUCAUGGCAAUCCCAGUUCUUUUCUUUUUUUCUUCUAAAUUUUGUUUUUGCAUAUCUUGCAUUUCAUCACACUAUGACAUCAUUGUAUCAUUUUUUCCCUUCAUUUUUAGCUGUUUCACCUUGUUGUAGCAUAUCUUGUCUCAAAAUUUUGUUUGCAAAAUUGAAGUUGAUCAUUUCUCAAUUUUUCUGUAUAACAUCAGUCUUAGGAACUCUUGUCCAGUUCAGAUUCAAUCAAAGUAUAAUUUAAAUAUGUUUUAGGAGUUUAUUUACUUUACUUUUACUCACGUUAGAUGAACUAAAUCCUAAAUAUAUAUACCAACUCUCAGCUCUGUUGAGCCAAUCCACUCAAGCCAGUAUUAUUACUCCAAAUGAUAUAUGAAUGCUCAAAUGUGUAGGAGGGUUGCCUAAGGAACAAGCACACUUGUGUCAGAAGAGACUAGGUGAAAUUGGGUCCCCUACAGUUGGUGAUUGAAUUGCGUGAGGUGCAGUUCCAAAUCUGAUGGUGAUUAAUUUUCAGAAGAAGCUUUCACGCUUCUAUUUAAUACAAAAACAAAUGUUUUGAAAGGUUAGGAGUGGUGCAGUUAAAAGUGUAACUGCAGGCGAUCUCAAUCCAUGUUUGGUUGUGAUAGACAACAAUAGUUUCUAUUGGUUCCUCAUCUUUCAAGGAAAUGAAAACUUUCAUAGUGAGAGCCGUGCUGGCCUCAAAAGUAUUGGUUGUUUA